UACUAUUAUUACAACACUUAAAUUCUGUGCAUCUCAGACUGCAGUUUAAGUUAUUGAUUCACGUGCUUUUCACAUAGGGCAAGAACACAAAAGUAGACAUAAAAUUCCAUUCUCUUUACUGAUUAAUCAAAAAGCAAAGAUCAGAAGAGAUGGGAAGUAGGAAUAGAGGUGAUGUAAAUUACAGAAAUCCAUGUCUGACAAUGCAUCAGCCUUGGGCUUCUUUGCUUGUUUAUGGUAUUAAACGCAUUGAAGGAAGAUCUUGGCCUUCCCCUAUUAGAGGUCGACUUUGGAUUCAUGCUGCUAGUAAGAUCCCAGAACCAGAAACUAUCAAAGCAAUGGAGGACUUCUACAGGGAAAUCUAUGCAGUGAAUGGCAUAACGGAUCUCAAGUUUCCCGAGCAUUAUCCAACCUCAAGACUUCUAGGUUGCGUUGAAGUAGUUGGAUGUGUCACAUGUGACGAGCUAGUCAACUGGGAUCAGAUUCCCGAAGGGGUGAGGCUAGAGGGGCAAACAAAGUUUUGCUGGCUUUGUGAGCAGCCACAGAAACUUAUCAUACCAUUUGAGAUGCGAGGCUUCCAAGGUGUUUAUAACUUAGAAAGAAAGAUAUAUGAAGCUGCAAUCCGAGGUAUUUCUCCAGUUGCGCCCCCACUCCCUGUAAAAUUUCCCCUUCCAAAUCCACGAGAUCCGUUCUCUUUGAAACCAGGAUCCCUUGCUUCUUCCCUAAGUAGCUCCAGUACAUCUGAGGUAAACCGAUCUGAAAAUCUUGUUGCUGCAAUAGCUGGUGCUCGAGCAGCUGCCACACAGUUUUCUAAGAAUGGCAGUUCUCAGUCCAACACAGUCGAGGUAGGAGAUGAACAUACUUUCUCAAGGACAAGAAAUCAAUCUAGGAGACUUCAAUGACGAUUGAGCUGCUAGAGAGCUUGUCAAAUAACUUCUUACUGAAUAAAUGCUCGAUAAUAAUUAUGCACUUUUGGGGGGUUUAGUUAUUUAGUUAGGGCUUUGCUGUUGUGAUUUUAAUUUCAUUUUGAAAUUAUGAUGUGUAAACUGCUAGUCAAGUUGCUCUCGUGUAUCAUAUUGUGUUUGUGUAAAACUGCUAGCCAAAUUCUCAUGUCAUGUGUAUCAUGUUCUUUUCUGCUUCUGGUCUCCUUAGGAGUACCAUGUGCAAGUUAUGAGAAAUGAAAAUGCAAGUAGCUUCCAGUU